AUGGUUUCCCUAACAAAUUUAACCGAUCCCACUCAGCACCACCAGCUAUUCGAAUAUAUACAGAAGCUGAAGGAUGACCCAAAUGGUUGGCGAAAUUGCAUUGAGAAUAUUGUCACAGGAAAUUUCUCUGGUGUUGAAGAGCAUUUCGUAUUUCUACAAGUGAUCGAAUCAUAUUUAUCAAAUCACUAUGCAAAAGAUGAUAAGGGUCAAGAAAUUAUUCGAUUGUGGAUGUCGAACUGGAUGCAAACAUUGUCAGCUGCUGAGGUACCGCCAAACUAUUUGAGUAAUAAAAUGGCACAGCUAUUCGCGUUGGUGUUCGCUGCUGAUUUUCCUGUUCGAUGGCCACAUUUUAUGCAUGAGGUGUUCCUUCACCAUCUGGAAUCGCCCAACGUAGUCGUGUUUUUUCUACGUACCCUAUUGGCUAUCGACACUGAAGUGGUUGAUCGUGAAAUACAGCGUACGAAAGAGGUAUUCGAUCGUAAUACACAGAUUAAAGACGCGAUGAGAGAUUUGUGUAUUGUUGAUGUGGCUCAUGAAUGGACAAAGAUAUUGAGUGUUGAGGGGAAUGUCAAAGCACGCGAAUUAUGUCUCGAUGCAAUAGCGUGUUAUGUGGAUUGGAUCAGCAUUGAAUUGAUUGCGAACGAUACAAUGAUACCGUUGAUUAUUGGAUGCCUGGAUGAUGAGGAAAUAAGCGAAUCAGCAGUUCGUGCCAUAUGCGCGAUAAUUGAAAAGGGUAUGGAUGCACAGAAAAAGUUCUCGCUUGUAUCGGCAUUAUGUGUGGUGUUACAACAAGCCGGUUCACUUUCGAUCAAUGCAGAAAGUGAUAGUGACGAGGUGAUGAGGAAUGGAAUAUUGUUAAGUGCGAUCGGUUGUGCGUUGAUCGAAUGUCAUAAUCGAUUCGAUAAAGACAGUGAAUUGUCGAGUAGAAACGAAUGCGACGAUUUAUUGGAGAAGACACUUCCGCCUGCAUUAUUCACUUUAUCGCAUGAGGAUUUGGAAGCAUCGGAAACAGUGAUAGAAUUUUUACGUGAAUUUGUGAAUAUGUUAAAAGGAGAACCGCUUAGUCAGCCACAUGAAGCGUUUCUCAUUGAGUUGAUAAGGCUGCUUGUAAAAAGGUAUAGAACACCGAAAGAUAUCGAUUUGGAGAAGGAUGGUGAGAACGAAGUGGAGUUCAUGGAGUAUCGUAAACAACUGAGGUCUCUGAUGAGUUCCGUCGGAACUUUGAAACCCGACCUGAUCGUCAGCAGUCUUGGACCAUUAGUGUAUAGUUUGUGUAAUGAAUGGGCGAGCAGUGAAGUGCGUCAAAUUGAAGCAGUGCUUUCGUUGGUUUAUUCACUUGCAGAAAUUAUACAGAGCAGUUUCUUAUCAAACAAUGACGAUAUAUCGACACGUGCCAAAGCUCUCAUUCUACAGGUAUUAUCAAGCGAAGUGACCAAGAGUGGUGCGUCUGUUGUGAGUACAACUUUUUUUGAAAUCGUUUGUCGGUACGAUCGAAUCCUUGUCGCUAAUCCCAAACCACUUCGAUCGAUUUUGGAAGCGUUCGUUGACUCUUUGACACAUCCGUCAGCACGAGUGCGAGCUCGGAUUGUUUACUUGUUCUGUCGAUUCGUUAAGGCUCAUCGGCAAUCGUUUGGUGACUGUGUUAUUAAUGUUUUAUUACGAUUGGCUCCCAUGCUAGCGGUUGAGAUGGAUGUUAAUGCGAGGUUCAGUGAAGACGAUCAGAUGUUUUUAUAUGAAGCAACGUCAACACUGAUUGUGUUUGGGUCGUUGGGGAGAGAGUUGAAGGAGACGUAUAUGAAUGAGUUAGCCGGAUCGCUACUGCAGAAAUUCAAUGAUGCUCACAAUCAAUUAUCUCAACUCACCAAUGAAGAAGAUAUUAAGAAGUGUACCCAUUAUAUGGCGAAUAUCAUUGGUUACAGUUCGAGAAUAACGAAAACGUUCAGUGGAGCAAAUACGAUGGCUAGUUGUAAUUGUGUAGUGAUUUUUUACGAGAUUAUGAACACAUAUCUGGAGAAAGUGCCAGAUGAAAACGAUGAGAUGAUGGAUGCACUACGUCAGUAUUUACAUCGGAUGGUAGUUUCUUUAGAUGAACAAAUAUUACCAUCGUUAUCAGCCAUAUUCAAUAAAUUCGUUACGCCAAAGUCGAAUUUGAAGAACCUGAACGAUUUUUUGAUUCUCGUACAACAAAUGUUUUCAAAACUAAAGAAGAGGCUAAUCGAUAGUGGAUUGAAUCUUCGUGCGUUAUUUGAAAUUAUUUGGACAGUUCAUUCGACUUAUCAGAGUGACCCAACCGAUGAAUCGUCAACGCGAAAUAUUUGUUACUUGAAUCGAUCCUACUUGCAAAUGGUGUCGAGUAUUUGCGCAAAUGACCUUUUACCACUCAUUGUUAAUUGUGGUAUUGAUUUCAUGGUUCAAUUAUGCGCAUCUCUUUUAACAUUCUGUUCGUGUUCUGAUACAGUCGCGCAAAAGGCGGCAUUAUCAGCGGUAUCGAAAUUGAUGUAUGGAUGCUUCAGUAAUGGUUCGAUUAUAUUUGCUGAAUUACCUAUUUGGGAACAAGCCAUCAUCACUGCUCUACAGGUACCGCUGAGUGAACGCUUUGAUGCAGGUGAUGCGCAGAGUAUUUUAGUACAGCAUGAGGCAUCCACAUGCCUUCAGUUACUACGGUUUUGUCACGCUGAAAGAUUCGAUACUAUUGUCAGCAAUCUGUUACCUGCAGAAGUCGCACAAAAAACUGUAGAAUAUUUGAGUUCUGUGAAGGGUAAAGAGCUUGAUAAGAAAAUGGAUGAAUUAUUCGACAUUUUGCGGAAGAGACGAAAUUCAGUUUAG